CAUGUCGAGCUGAAUCACUGAGCUUUGAAACAGUAAAAAAAACUGUCAAUCAAUCAUAUUAUAUUAGUACAUCCCAUAUUCUCAAAUCACAGUUUGUCUCAGAUCUUAACAGAGUGCGACACAAGAGUAAAACUACCAAAAAUCUAUCUACUAACAGGGAAUCAACCUCAGAGAGUCACAUGUGAAGACCCAUCUCUUAACAUAAUGGAAAAAUUGUGUCUAUCAUUAAAGUAUUUUUACAUAUAAAACAUGUACUGAAUAUAUAAAUAACAUCAGUCCAGUAUAUAUAUCAACAGUCUUAAAGAACAUUCAGUUUCAUUUGAUGAAAGACAGAUAAACCAGGUAGGAUGAACACAAAGUUCACUGUUUGAAAAAAGCUCUGCACACAAACAAACAAGUGUAAUGAAGCAGUUUAUUGCGCAGAGCUUAAUAAAAUAUAAUUCAUCAAAACACCAACUAGAAAUAAAUCCCCAAAUUAAGAACAGAACCCAAAUAACCCAGAGUAGAGAAACGAAGCGCUCUGCCUGGUGUCCAUCUUUCCCACGGGAGCCUGAAGGCAGCGCAGCCUCCCAUUGGUCCGUCGGGCUGUCAAUCGGGGCUCAUUAUCCCGCCCACCUGGUGACGUGCACAAAGUAACGAGGCCAGGUCGUUUCGCACAAAAGACAAAACAAAGCGCGUGCGGCUCAAAAUGAGACGCGUCAGCAGCGGCGGGACUCGACCCUGAGCGGAGGACACCGACACACACAUGGAGCCCGGGCUGGGGACACGACAACCACCUGACUGACCGCACAACAACAACAACACAACAACACAACAAACAACAGCUGACUGCAGCGUCCUGCUCACAUCUGACCCAGGUGAGCAAUUCCACGUGCACUAUCUCAUGUGUGGAGACAUUUCACCAAAGCCAAUGUAGAAGGAGAGGCUGUGUACAUUUGCAAAUACUGUGCAAAGAGUUUGAUUUUCUCCGUGGUGUCAGUGUGGAGCGUGCCACACACCCGCUGCUCAACAACGACGGCUUUUGCCUGCAUCCUCCAGUGUUUCUUCUGUCAGCACGUCCAGCAGAGCUGCAACUCGUCCAGCGCCAGCCCGGACGCCAGCGAGGAGCCCGGCCCCACUGACAUGGUGAAGAUGACCAAGUCCAAGACCUUCCAGGCGUACCUGCCCAGCUGCCACCGCACCUACAGCUGCAUCCACUGCCGGGCACAUCUGGCCAAUCACGACGAGCUCAUCUCCAAGUCAUUUCAAGGCAGCCAGGGAAGAGCCUACCUGUUCAACUCAGUGGUGAAUGUGGGCUGCGGGCCGGCUGAGGAGCGGGUUCUCCUCACGGGUUUACACGCUGUGGCUGACAUCUACUGUGAAAACUGUAAAACCACGCUGGGCUGGAAAUACGAGCACGCCUUCGAGAGCAGUCAGAAGUACAAGGAGGGGAAGUUCAUCAUCGAGCUGGCUCACAUGAUCAAGGACAACGGGUGGGAGUGACGCGGCCACGCCCCCUUUUCUCUGACCUUGGAAUUAUCUUUACUGAACUGCGUGGAGCGAUGGCGUCCUCCCAUCACCCCCCCCCCCCUCCCCGACCACCAGUCACCCCGCCCCAAAACAAAUCAAGACGAGGACACACCCCCACGGACAGUCACCCGCUCGUCUCCCUCACGUGCACACGCCCACCAGCUCAACAGGAAGCUGAGCGAACGGCGAGGGGGCGGAGCUACUCCUCUGGAAAAGUCACGUCAGAGUCCGGAUGUUUACGUUGAAGAUUGUACGUCCUCCUUCGGCUCCAGAGCUCAUGGGUUCGAUUCCAACUCAUUCACUCACUCAUCUCCGAGCCUCCCCCCCACCACCCCACCGUGAAUCCACGCUUACAAGUGAUUGUGGUGAUGUGGCGCCCGCUCUGCCACCGGGGACGGACUUCACUCAAAGGACAUGUCUUUGUUUUCCUCAUCCAGCGACGCUCUGACGACUGUUCUGAUUUUUAUCUUCUUUAGUUCAAACGUGUGGUUCUUGGUUGAGGUUCUUUGUUUUGCUCUGAUGGCAGAUGGAUGUUACUGGUUAGCAUUUCAUUUCCCCGUCACGUUGUGUGUCAGUGGAUGUGUGUCGGGCUGGUUGUGUGUCCGCCUGUAGCUGAGCGUGCUUUUCUUUGCUAAAGUCCAAAUGACCGGUCCGAGACCGGGGGGUGGUGGUGGGGGGGGGGGGUUUAUCCUGGUUAAGGAUGUGUAGCAGCGUCUUGCUUGUUUUUAAAGUGGCAGCGGAUCUGAUUGCAGUAGUGUGGGAUUUUAUACCUAAUAUUAUUUUCCGUUUAUAUCUUUUUUCUGAAUUGUGAAUUUCCCCCCCGCACCCUUUUGGUAGCACCUGAUAUUUUCCUUUUGACAUAAAUGUGUGUGUGUGUGUGUGUGUGUGUGUGUGUAUAUAAAAUACACGCACAGUACUUGUUGUGUUUGGCUGAAUGCGAUUGUGGCUGGUUCCAUUUUGCAGCAGAAACAUGAAAAGCUGACGUCGGUGUCACUCGUCAUAAAACAGAUUGUAUUAUUCCAUCGUGUAGUAAUAUGAGACACGAGUAUAAAUACACAUCCUAUGAUUACAUAUCCACAAAUACUAUGAGAAUGUUCUUAGUACGUAGAUAUUGGAACAUGGAUUCUACAUAUAUAUGUAUUUGCUGUCAUGCACAUAUGUAUAUAUGCAUAUGACUGUGUGUGGUCACCAUUACACAGACACACACUUGAACGCCCCCCCCUCGUUUGCGGCUUCCUGUCGGUUUAGAGGCAAAGCGGUCCGCUCGCGCUCGUCUGGUUCGAGUCCGUCUUUUCAAACGUCCACGGAGACGAGAGGAUUUCAGAUUUUCUGAUUUGAUCGACAUGAAGUCAAACUAGAUUCUGCUUCUCAUCUCAGUUUGAUUUGUCGACUUGAGGAGAAAAGAGUUGUUUCUUUGCUGCUGCCCCCCCCCCCCCCCCCUUAGGUCUUUUGCACUUUAUCCGUCUCUGUCUUGUCUCACUGCGGACGCCGUCUGUGCUUUGCCUCUAAGCCAUGCCCCCCCCCCCC